AGACAGAGAGACAGACACGUGAUGAGCUUUACUGAUCAGGUUCAGAGGCAGAGAUACACACGGAGAGAGACAGGCCGGGGCACGGAGCCUGGAGCCCGGCCACCACUUCAGCCAACCUCCGGAGCACCACCGACACUUUGAGAGUUGACUUCGCCUUGUUUGUUUCCUCUGAGAGGAGGAGGAGGAGGAGAGGAGGAAGAGAAGCAGAGGAGGAGGAGAGAGGAGGAGGAGGAGAAGCCGGAGUAAAGUUUGUCCAAGUUUGCACAUCCCUUCGGAAACGCCAUUUUGAUUCCUCUCCUCUUCGGAGCGACUUUGCAGCCUCUUCCUCCUUUCUUCUUCUUCUUCUUUUUGUUUUUUUUUUUUAACUUCAUCUCCCCCCCACCAACCCCCCUCCUCGCUACCCACCCUCAUCAUCAUCAUCAUCAUCAUCCUCCUCGCCACGAUGUCUCGGCGCAAGCAGCCCAACCCCAACAAACUCCGCGCAGUCAUGGAGAAGCUUCAGGAGGAGGAAGGAGCCAGCAGGCAGGUGGACAUGGAGGACGGGCUCCUGAAGGAGGAGGCGACGCUCGGCGAGCUGAAAGAUACCAGAGACGCCUCCAUCACGGAGGAGCCGGACCCGGCGAGGCCGCCGGUGAUAUCUGCUUCUCCAGCUGCCAUCAACGGAGCCAAGGAGGGAGCAGAACCGCUCCAGAACGGAGACCUGUCCUCCAUCAACGCCAUGAUGUCAACGGUGAUGUCAGCCGCCGGGACGAUCAACGGAGGAGGAGGAAAUGAAGGAGAGAGCGGCGUUCCUUCAACCAGCUCCUCGGCUGGACCUUCUCCCAGCCCCUCACCCAGCAAGUCUCUGACGGCCGCCAUGAGAGCCCCGCCAGGUCGCAACGCUCGACGCAACCAGGACACCAAAGACGACAGCUUGGCCUUCAUCUGCCCGCUGUGCGACAAGAACUGCCAGACGCAGCACCAGCUGACCAUGCACAUCCGACAGCACAACGCCGACACCGGCGCCACCGAUCACUCCUGCAGCAUCUGCGGGAAGUGCCUGAGCUCGGCCUCGUCGCUGGACCGACACAUGCUGGUCCACAGCGGGGAGAGGCCGUACAAAUGCACCAUCUGCGGACAGACGUUCACCACCAACGGCAACAUGCACAGGCACAUGAAGAUCCACGACAAGGACCCGAACGGUCUGAUCCCCCUCAGCAGCCCUCCCUCCCCGACCAAACGCCGCCGUCCUUCCAUGAAGCGGCGGCAGGGCCUGGAGGAGGAGCUCGGAGACGAGCCGCCCAGUAAGAAGGUGAUGGAGGAUGCGGCGGCGGACGAGUUCAUGGCGGUCCACGGCUCCGAGGAGGAGCUGCUGCCAUGUCCCAUCUGCUUUAAGACCUGCAGCUCCAGACUGGACCUGGACGCUCACAUGGACACUCAUCCAGACACCAUGCUCAGGUGUGAUCUCUGCUGCCUUUCGUUCAGAACCCACCGCGGCCUGCUGCGCCACAAUGCUGGCGUCCAUAAGCUCCUCCCCCAGGACCCCAGCGGUCGUCCCUUCAUCCAGAACAACCCCUCCAUCCCCACCGGCUUCAACGACCUCGCCUUCAUCGACUUUUCCUGCAAGAAGUUUGCUCACAUCGCUCAGGUCUGGUGUGAGUCCAACCUGCGGCGCUGCAUCAGUAAGUUCCACCGUUUUGUCUGCGACUCCUGCGAUAAGGCCUUCCCUCUGCGCUCCGCCCUGGACCUCCAUAGAACCGUCUCCCACGCGGAGAAACCCGCUGCUGAGGUCGAGGACAGAGUGAAGGCCAACGGAGGGAGGCGGGCCGAGGAAGCUCAGGACGCUGGAGCUGGACCCCCAGCAUCAGAGCAGUCCAGUUUCCUGGAGGGUCUGGGCCUGCAGCACGUCUCUAAGGUGAAGCUCGGUCCGACGGACGACGAGAUCCAUCAGGCCCACCUGGACAGCAUCAAGGUGAUCCACGUGGAGCCGCUGUCCUUCAGCCUCCCCCAGGAGCCGGCCGCCGCCUUCCUGUCCGGGGGCCUGGGGGUGACGCUGGGCCUGGGGGUGGGGGGGCUGGCCGCCCUCAGCAUCCCGCUGCUGGAGGCGUCCAGCUCCGCCCUGCAGGGCCUGUCGCAGCGGGACGCCCUCAACCUGCUGUCCCUGCAGCCUUUCCAGGCGGGCUUCCUGCUGCAGCCGGAGGGGGGCGCCGCCACGGGCAGCGGCGCCUUGUCCAGCUGUAAGCCGGGGGAGUCCGGCGCCACCAGCGUGAUGGAGCUGGCCGACAUCCAGCAGAUCCUGAAGGUGGCGGCCGCGGCGCCCAACCAUAUGGGGCUUCCUCCUCUGGCCAAGGCUCCGGGUUUCUCUGGUCAGCUCCCGGGUCAGAAGGCCAUGCCGCCGCUGAAGCCCAAACCUCCCAUCAGCCCUCGCUGCAGCCUCAGUGCCACCACCCCUCCCCCCCUGCAGAGCUCCCAGCAGGCCUCACUGGGCUGCAUCAGCCCCAGCCUGCCCCCCCCAACGCCCUCCCUCUUCAAGUCGCCAUCCUCGGCGGGGGACGGCCCCCACAUGGAAGCAGAGUCGCCGGGCGAUGGCAAAACGGCGCUGUCGGACUCGCCGCCGGCUGCCGCCACGGUGGUCCAGGAGGAGGCGGGGCUAAACGUCCGGAAGGCGGGAGGCAAAGCCGGGCCCGCCGCCGCCAAAGGGACGUUCCCCUGCCGCUUCUGCGACCAGGUGUUCCCUCUGUCUGGCGCCCUGCAGGCCCACAUGCGCUUCCACCUGGGCAUCCUGCCCCACCAGUGCAACAUGUGUGACUACGUGGCGCCGGACAAGGCCACGCUGAUCCGCCACCUGCGCACGCACAGCGGCGAGCGGCCCUACGUCUGCCGCAUGUGCCACUACCCCUUCACCGUCAAGGCCAACUGCGAGCGCCACCUCAGGAAGAAGCACGCCAAGACGUCCAGGAAGGACAUCGAGAAGAACAUCAAGUACGUCACCUUCUCCUCCCCGUCCAUCACCGCCGCUCCCCCCGGCACCACGCCGGAGGCGGAGACGGCCUGCGAAACCACCUGCCGCUUCUGUGGCGAGGACCUGAAGACGUACCGCGCGCUGCAGAUCCACCUGCGCACGCACAACGGCUGUCAGAGGAAGCCCUUUGAGUGCCGCCGCUGCGGCGCUGCCUUCCUGGCCAAGCGGAACUGCAUCCACCACCUGCUGAAGCAGCACCCGGAGGUCCAGGAGCGCGAGAUCGAAGGUCACAUCACCACGCUCCUGCCCGCCGCCGCCGGCACGGCCCUGAAUCCAGCGGCGCUGAACGGGAUCAGUCAGCCCGCCGUGCUCCUGCAGGUGAAGGCGGAGGAGAUGGCUUACGCCGUAGAACUGGACCAGCCGCUGGACUUCUCUGCCAAGGGGCGGGGCAGCCAGACGGCGUCUCCCGUAAUCAAAACGGAGAACUCCUCCCACGGCUUUGACUGCUCCGACUCGGACCAGCCCAUCGACCUGUCCAUCCCCAGCAAGCGGCAGCGCCGGGAGGCGGACGGCGGUGCGGAGAGGGAAAUGAAGACGGAGCAGAAUGCCGCCAUGGAGCCGCAGCACCAGCUCGCCGUGGCGACCGAGGAGAAGACGGCCCUCCUUCCUCUGCAGCCUCCUCACCUGCUGAGCGGCUACCAGCUUCCCGCUGGAGCCACGCCUCCCUCCGCCAGCCGAGCUCAGCGCCUCAAGCCGCUGCUGCCCAAACCCGCCCCCGCCACCUCCUCCCCCCCCUCUGUGAAGGAUCUGGCGCCGCUCGCCUCCAUCGCUCAGAUCAUCCGCUCCGUCUCUGCAGCUCAGGGCAUGCUGGACGGAAACUCCUCAUCCUCGCAGGCCGACCCCGACGCCUCGCCGUCCUCCGCCAUCCUGGAUGCUCCGGGUGACGAUGCGUCUGACAGAACCUCCAGACGGCGGUCCAGGAAGAAGCCGGCGGCUCUGGCAGCGAAGGAGAAGGUCGCUGCCGGCGGGAUCGACCUGGAAUCCAGCGGAGAGUUUGCCAGCGUGGAGAAGAUGCUCGCCACGACCGACGCCAACAAGUUCAGCACCUAUCUGCAGACCGGAACCGCAGAGCUGACGGCGAAGAAAGAUGUGGAGCGAGCCGCAGCUUCCGGAGGAGGGGAGGAGAACGAGGGGAGGGGCGGCGAGGAGGCCAAGCCCGCCGGGGCUGUGGCGGCCAUGACGGUACCACAGACCAAAGGGAAGAAGAACGCCUACUCCAACUCGGUGCAGAAGAUGACCUGCCCCUUUUGCCCGCGGGUCUUCCCCUGGAUGAGCUCGCUGCAGAGACACAUGCUGACUCACACAGGCCAGAAGCCGUUUCCAUGCCCCCGCUGCGACGCCUUCUUCUCCACCAAGUCCAACUGUGAGCGCCACCUUCUGCGCAAACACGGCGUGACCCACAGGACGCUGCGACGCAACGGCGCCAUCGUGAACGACGGCUCACACGAGAGCGCCGAGAGCCAGUCUGAGACGGAGCAACCGGCGCCGGAACCCAGGGACCUCAUCACCACAGAACCAGGCCCGCCAUCCACCGUUAACAGCCCCGCCCCUCCUGAGAUCACCCAGCUGAGCCCCGCCCCCAAAGCAAGCCAAGGUUCCAGUCCAGCUGCAGAGCAGGAAGCAGAAACCACUGAGCAGGCUGAGCAGCAGGGGGCGCCAGAGAGCAGAGCAGCAGAAGGAAAGCAGCCACUGAGCAGCAAGGCCGACGUCACCGACGACGACGACUGUCACAGCAACAAGAGCCUCGACCUGAACUUUGGCAAGAAGCUCAUCGACUUCAAGCUCUCUUCGUCUUCCGCUAGCUCUGCUCCUCCUCAGGAGGCGCCGCCCUCCUCCUCCCCCUCCUCUGCUCCCCGGGAAGCAGCGGAAAUCUCCGAAGACCAGGAGGGAAGCAGCAGCCCGGCAGCCAAGCCCGACCAGAAACACGCCUGUCAGGUCUGCGCCAAGAGCUUCCGCUACGCCGCCACCCUUGCUCGCCACGAGAGGGCGCACCUCUGCGAGGAGACGCAGGCAAAGACUGAGGAGGAGGCACCUCCUGCCGCGAAGGUGGUGGUGGAGGAGGAGGAGGAGGGGAUGGAGGGCAAAGCUGCCGAGCUGGAGGCAGAAGAGAAGGAGGCGGAGGAAGACGAGAGCGACGGAGGGGAGAGCGGCGAGUCGGAGAAGGAGGAGAGGAGCGACGAGGAGGCGUCGGAACCAAAGAGCGCGGAGGGAGGGGAGGCGGCGGCGGGCGGACGGGUGGACAAGAGGAAGAAGAUCUGCACCGAGUGCGGGAAAAGAUUCUGGUCCCUGCAGGACCUGACCCGCCACAUGAGGUCCCACACAGGGGAGCGGCCCUACAAGUGCCAGACCUGCGAGCGCACCUUCACCCUGAAGCACAGCCUGGUCCGCCACCAGAGGAUCCACCUGAGGCCCCGCGGCGCCAGCGAUGACGUCAGCGAGGACGGCGACUCCCGCGCCCCCACCCCGACCUCCACCUGCCCGCCGUCGGAGAACGAGAGCGAGUGCGGGAGCGGCGGCGCCGGAGCCAAGGAGCUGGAGGAGGAGGGCGAGUUUCAGAGGGAAGAUUGGGCGGAGGGGGGCGGUUCUGAUCCGGCACGGCCCGCCGCCGCAGAGGAACCGGACAACGACAACGCCGCGCGGCAGGAGCCCUCCGCGGAAAUUCCCCGAGCUACUGAAUCAAAGACGACGACAAGCACCGACUCCUCCGCAACACCUGACGGCGCCAAAGAUCGUUCCGGCUCUCCCCCAGGGGGCGCCGCUGCGGCCCCCGCUGAAGGCUUCAUCCACGGCCUGCUGGAGAUCCACACCAAGCCCCCCCUGGAGCACCUCCUCCCUAACGGGGAGCCUCCGAUGGUGGGCGUAGACUGAAGCCCCGCCCCCGCCGCAGUGCCAUACCACAGAAGGACGUCCCCCCCACCCCACAUCGACGAAGAAGCC